CGCUAUCGACAUUGAGAACCUUGCUUUUCAAAGAUAGGAGUAUAUGUAAUCCGAUCAUUAUUAAUCAGGCUAUAAAGGACUUCUCACGAUCGGAGGCUCAAGCGGCUGACAGCUUACGGUCAAACCUUCCUAUUCGGGUAUCAAGCUAUCAUUCUCGGGGCUCUGACUGACACCCUCCUACACAUGGCAGGUACCAGUACUUGUUGCUUAGUUGCAUCCAAAAUUAGGAUCGCAUGUUCUGGCCCUUUGACGAGACUAGUUUCCACUUAACAGGGAGGGCUUGAGUCGGUGAUUGAAAUUAUUCAUCAUAUCGAACGUAGGCAGCCAGCCGCUUUCAUCUCCCUUCAGUCGUCGAUAUCUUUUUUUGCUAUUACACCUUUCCUUUAUCGAAGCAACGAGAGCGACAUUAGUAGCAGCAGAGAUGUUUCCCCUCCUAGCAUCUGGCCUGGGCCUUGUAGCCCUUGUGGUUCCAGGCGUACAUGCAGGUAGUCGAGCCUGGGAGUCCAACAUCAGGUACUCGCGUGCUGUGCAGCACGAAGCUACCCAGGCUCGCGACCUUUCCUUUCAAGUUUAUGGCAAUAAUACAGACGCCAUUAAGAGUCGUGGUAUUAGCAAGCACGAGCCAUUACCCAAUGCCGAAUACCAUUAUCACAAUGGUAGCUCCCAGUCAAUUCACAGGCGUUGGUUUGGUAUUGAGCAGGACGGCGUAACGCAACGUCUUUGGCCUCAGGGUAAUAUCAAGGUGUGCUUCGAGCAGGCUGUGUGGGGAUCCGACUCUAAAUCCACUGAAGACAUUCUACGCGGCCCCUUGGAAGAGGCUCGCGGGCUCUGGAGAGACAAGGGGCUUGACGACGACGAAGGCUGGUUCAAGUGGGAUGUACAGGACGAUAAAACGUGGUGUAGCGACCGUUACAACCGGCCCAACUUCUUGCUAGUAAUAUACGCCGGGCCCGGAGUAUCUAACAUGGCAACGACACCCGGGAUGGGCCCCAAUCUAAGUCCAGACAACCCGGCCAACACGUACGAGAAGCUCGGUCCGCGAAUGGUGCUUAGCGAUGUACUGACCAUGGGCCACCGAAACGUUGUCGCCAAUUACGCGCAUGAGAUGGGACACUCCUGGGGAUUCCACCACGAACACCAGAAUCCAGAUUGGUGGGCUGAGGCCUGGAGUGGCGAGCCACGCGACGAUUACUUUUUCGGCGACGGGAGCUUCUUUUGUGAGCGGCUGGCUGACUACGCCGCUGCUACUGCCCGUAUUGAUGAGAGCACCCUUGUACCCGCCAGCGAAAAAGACAGGGAAAAGGUCAAAUUAUGCCACAGUCGCAAUAUCGCAUCUGAUUGGAAUUUCGCCGGCGGUCUCAAUUACCUACCCGUGCUGUCGGGUGGGCAAUGGGACAAGAAAAAACAGCCUGACUGGACUUCCAUUAUGAUCUACCCCAGCACGGCUGGUAACGGUAAUGCGGGCGAAGGGACAGACCAGGCAAUUUUACUCACCAAGCCAAACGGAGAUGUCAUCAAGCCCGUAACCAGGCCCAGUUCUCUCGAUAUCGAAGGCUUGCGCAAGAUGUACGGGUCACCUAAAAAGACCAUUGGGCAGCUGCUUAAUAAAAAGGGGAGUGCGUACUUUAAUACGUUUAAGAACGUUUUAAAGAAGGACCCGGAUGCGGGUUGUUUAUCUUGAUUUAUUGAGUAAUUUAUUGAGUACCUGCUUAGUGAGUUCGAGGUAGAUUUAUGAUAAUCAAGUAUCAUCAUUUGUACUCGAAUAUAAAGUGAUUUCCAUGAUUGAUUAAGUAUUGGACUCUUUGAUAUUAACUCGAGUUUCAAUCUACCUUAUACAGCAGUAUAAUCAUCUCUUAUCAACUAAUACAAUCACAACUCAUCUGUAUCCGGCCACGGCGACUCAAAAUCAGGCAGGAUGUCUGGGAGAUCCUUCAGGGUGCGCUGCUUCGGCCGUGACGAGACACUACCUAGCGCAUCCAGCAGCGUACCAUCAUCUAGGUCGAUUGCCCAGACCAUACAUCUAUAAACCCGUUAGAGGGGGUGAGGAUUGGGCUAGUGGAAAAUGAAUAAGUAAAAA